AUGGAGGAGUAUCUAUCCGAACGUUAUAUGGUACGUGACAAGAGAACACAGCUAGCUGAAUCGUUGGGACUCUCCGAGGCCCAAGUGAAGACAUGGUUUCAGAAUCGACGAGCAAAGGACAAGAGGGAGAAGAAAACCGACAGUCCGCAAAGAAGCCCGUCGGAUUCAGCAAAUGUCUCGGUGGCGGAUGAUUCUGUCCUAGAAAACAGCCUGUCCUCAUCGUUGAUGUCGCCGUCGCCAUCUGUCGAGCCAGCGACUGCCGUGACGGGAGAUCCGACACCACCAUCUCAAGUGAAACCAGCCAGUCCGAUGCUUCAAAAUAAUCAAGUACUCUCCGGUCUUCUACAAGGGCGCUCUCUACCGGAAUAUUCGCCAUAUUUCACCAGUUUGGCGCUACCUCAUCCCGAAUCAGCGCCGCCUGCAUUUCUUCAUAGUCCUGUGAUAAAAUCGGAGACCAUGGAGAGCGCUGUAAAGGACAUCUACAAAAUGCCUACAAAUAUCUACGAACAAAGUUUCGUUCCCUUGUACACUCACAUUCCUUACAGUUUUAGCCCAGUUACUUCGUCCAAUAGUCCAGGCUAUGUUCCUGAACCUUUAGCACCAGUUGCCAAUGAUGAGGCAUUGGUGGCUGAACCAACUCAACUCACUGCUCUGUAA